AUGCUGUCCCCGAAUAAUGACGAGGGAGGGGCGCCAAGCCUGACUGGCGGGUGUGGGUCUGCACGGACAGAAGAGUCUCCAUCGCUCGAAGUGCACGACGGUUCUACUGUUCUGCAUCUUUCGCCGGGCUCCGCCCUUGUACAACAUCCUGGUCCCUCCAUGCCUGUCGCCGGAUCCGUGGCGUCGCUAACAGAAACUUAUAGAAAUGCAGGCUCUUUGACUGAGCCGAAGCGGACAUCAGGCAGUGAGAGUGAGGACACCACUGCCACGGAGGAGCAAGCGCCAGUGCCGAUAACCGCAGACGCCAAGAAGCUGAAGUCUAGAUGUCCCCAGGGCUCAGGGUUCAGGGUUGUGGCGACUUCUUGUAUUCCCGGCCUUGCUAAGGAGCCAACAUUCCAGCAGGUCGUCGGCGUCUUGUCUAUUCAGGAAAACGAUGCAACAAUACCCAGUCAUACUGCACAAGAAGAUGCAUUGCCGCAGGUCGAGGCACCUAUAGCAUCAGGAAAGGAUGGGGCGGCAUCAUCCUCCAGCGGAGAUGACGAGGCUAUUAACGGCAAAAAUCGAUCAUCAGGAGGUGUGGCAGAACCCCGAGACCCUCGCGUGGCUACUGUUCAGGCUUGGGCGCAAAACGCGUGCUCACUAGCAGCGCGUCAGGCUCCCUUGAGCAAUUUUUCUGGAUUCGUCCACGCUGCCAAUAAUGGGAAACUUGCGCACGCGAGAGAAGCAGGGCAUCUAGCUGAUCAGACUACAGAUACGGUUGCAGCGGCGCCCCUCUGUUCAGCUGGCUCGCCCAACGUUGGAACGUCCCGUGCGCCGCCGCAGCCUCCGGACACAGCCUUAAGAAACACACAGCGCAUAGCGAGCUCGUCACCACAGCUGGGUUGUAAGUCCAUGGAUAUCGCUCUACAGGAUCCGCCAAGGACUGUGGACCGCACCUCGAUCACUGAAGAACCGAAUAAGAGCUCGCCAGCAUCGACGCGCGGUUGCCCCAACAACCCGAGUUGCUGCGCAGAUACUUCGCCGAGAUCUGUCAGCGGGCGCGAAGUGACGCAGGGCGGGAGCUCAGGGAACCCCACGAGUAUGGCAGAACAGCAGCUGCUUGCUGCGUACCGAGAGUGCUUCCUGUUGCUUGCGGCCGCGCAAAGGAAAGAAGAACUGCGAGUUUUUGAGUUCGUGCUGGGCGGGGGCAGCCGAGACGCUCGUUUGUGCGGAUGCAAGGAGACACAGAGACACAGUGACGGUGCUGAGUUGAACGACGCGAGCACAAGGCGAAAUAGUUCUGGUCCAAACGCCGAUGGCUUGGAGCGCACCUCUGAGGAACAGAGAAUACAGGCAACGGGCCCUUGUGAAGCAUCUCCGAAUGCAGCCAACCUGGGGGAAUCGUACACGGACUCCACCGCAAUUGAAGCAUCGAUAAAGGAGGACGACGCUGAGGCGACUCCUCCAAAUUAUUCCGUCCCUGGAGGCGUGGAGACUGACUCCCGCCUGGAACUCAAGGAUGUGAGGAAUGGCGGCGAUGCCUCCUGCGUGAGCCCUGAGAAUGACACAGACCGAAGCCUAUCCGCGAGGGGAGGGAACCUGGAAGCAGAGGGGGCAGCCGCCACCCAGGAUAACGCCAACACAGAUGACAGACUGUGGCCAGCGAACAACGGAAGCGACAGUGGCAGUCGCGCUGACAAAUCAAACAUUACAACAUGCGGCAGAAAUAUUUACGGACGGACAGGCACAUAUGACGACGGAAAUGAAGAACGCGAAGCAUCGCGGAAAAAGCGACGAACAGGAUGGCCUUCGGUGUUGGCUCCAGAAACAUGGAGCGAGAGAACGUAA